AUGUCAGAUCCUCAAUUGUCGUCCUCAAAUGUCGUCCUCAUUUGUCGUCCUCAUAUGUCAGAUCCUCAAUUGUCGUCCUCAAAUGUCGUCCUCAUUUGUCAUAUCCUCAAACCUCUUUCAAAUAUUCGUUUACCAAUAAAUUCAACAUUCUCAACACCAAUUCAAUUGCAUAAUCCACAUUUUACAACUCUUCGAAUUUUGGAAAUAUUUUCUAGUGAUUGUAAUAUUCAAUUAGAAUUUCCAACAGAAUUUAUAAUUAAAUCAAAUAAUUCAAUAAAAUCGAUUUUAAUGUCUUUUGAAACAAGAAAAAUAGCUGUAGCAAAAAUUAUUGGAAAUGUUGAACGGAAUACAACUUCAUUUAUUUUUAUUAAAUAUUCUCUGUUAGAAGAGGUUAAUGAUGAAAAUGAGAGACGCUCAUUUUACAAGUCAAAAAUAGGUUUAAUUACAAUUCCGGUUGAAACACAGGUUACUCUUCGACGUGAUCUCUUUUCAACAACAAAUUUAUUAGAUUUUGGUCUUGUAAAAGCAGGAAAACAAUUUUUGUCUCCACUCAAAUUAACUGUGUUUUCCACAUUAGAAAAAAGUGUAGAAAUUGAUUCAAUUUAUUCUGACAAAUCAAAAAUGAUUUAUAUUCAAUAUGAAACACAUCCUCCAAUAUCGUUGAAGUCGGCAACGCGUGGACAACAACCAGGCUUAAUAGACAUUGCUAACAUAAAUAUUGAUACAUUUAUUGACGACAAAAUUACUCCCAAAAAUAAUAAUUCAACAACCAAAACAAAAAUAGGCCGUAUUUUUAAAAAACAAGGAAAAAUAAUGGCUGUAAGUAGAGGAGGAAAUUUUAAUGUUACAGUGCCUUUUUUUGCUCAACUUUAUGAAGGUGAACUUGAAUACAAUUUAAAUGAAUUAUCUUUCCAUAAAAAUUUAAAACCUUUUCGGAGACGUGAAAUAAUUUUAACUAAUACAUGCCCUUUUCCUUUGGCUAUUUUUGGAGCUGAAAUUGCAGAAAAUGGAAAAGAUUAUUUUGAGAUUUUUCUUAUCGAAUCGCCUAUAAUUCUUUCUCCCGGCCAAUCUUUGCCUUCUCUAAAAAUUUUAUUUAAAAAUUUCAUUCCUUCAACUAACCUUUCUUCAUCGCAUAUUAUUAUCAACACAAAUCUCACAAAUUUUCAAUUGCCUUUGUAUAUAUUUGAUGGAGAAAUAAAUAUCACUUUACAUUCUAUUGAGCAAAAUAUUUUUAAUUUUGGUCUUUUAAAAAAGGGAGAGAAUCGUUCUAUUUUGGUUGGGAGGACUGGGAAAUACUCGAAAAUUUUUCUUACUUUCCGGAUCCUAAUUUUUUAAAAGUAGUUGUCUUGUGACUAGAGAGUGUGUUUCGGGAUUGGGGGAGGAGAGUUUCAACACACAAGGAAUUCCUCACUAGGAAAAAAAAUACUGUUUGUAUUAGGGAUUGCACCUACAAAAUUCCCGAUUGCCAAAAUCGGGAAUUCCAGACAAUUUUUGAGUUGGGAUCAGAGCUGCACGAAAAUUUUUGUUUCGUUUUGUUUUUUGUUAUUUUCAUGGAUUUUUUAUGAUUUUCGUUUUCGUUUGAAAUUUUUUUUACCUUUUUUUCGUUUUCGUUUCGUUGUGGGCAAAAUUUCAUUUUCAUCAGCUCUGGUUGGGAAUUCCCGAUUGCCAAAAUCGGGAAUUUUGUUUUUAUCUUGGUACGAUCCCUGGUUUGUAUUUUAACGGAAGAUUUUGGUAAGAAGUUCGGAGAUUCUUUUUUUUUUGAUUAUUUUUUUUGGGUCCGGAUCUUUC